GGGGUGUGUGUAGGGUGGGGUGGCCAGCUGGGACCAGCUGGUGGCCCUGAAAAACCUCCCACACACCCACACCCACACACCCCUUUUGUGUUGCAGGCUGCCCCUCCAAGAGCAGAGGCAGCGAGAGGACGCGUGUGUCUUGCACAGGUCCACGCGGGGAGAGCGGUGGGGACGGAGACCGGCACCACCUUCUGGUCCUCCCUCCAGGAAAACAGAAAAACGAGGCCCAGCAAGAGCUGGAGUGACAAACGCCGGGAUUGAGAUUGGAAGGCUGUCCAUUUACCUCUUGCUUCACUCCUCGACAUUGUGUUACAACUGCCUGAUUAAGAAAAAAAGAAUCUGAAAGAAAGAAGAAAAUACCCCAGAAUUCCUCACAGAACAAUUCACCUGAACCUAAAAUGGUGAGCGAGAGUCACCAUGAGGCCCUGGCAGCCCCGCCAGUCACCACUGUUGCGACUGUCCUACCACAUAAUGCCACAGAGCCAGCCAGUCCUGGGGAAGGAAAGGAAGAUGCCUUUUCGAAGCUGAAGGAGAAGUUUAUGAAUGAGUUGCAUAAAAUUCCACUGCCACCGUGGGCCUUAAUUGCCAUAGCCAUAGUCGCCGUCCUUUUAGUCCUGACCUGCUGCUUUUGUAUCUGUAAGAAAUGUUUGUUCAAAAAGAAAAACAAGAAGAAGGGAAAAGAAAAGGGAGGCAAGAAUGCCAUUAAUAUGAAAGAUGUGAAAGACUUAGGGAAGACCAUGAAAGAUCAGGCUCUAAAGGAUGAUGAUGCUGAAACUGGACUGACUGAUGGGGAAGAAAAAGAAGAACCCAAAGAAGAGGAGAAAUUGGGGAAACUUCAAUAUUCGCUGGAUUACGAUUUCCAGAAUAACCAGCUGCUGGUAGGGAUUAUCCAGGCUGCUGAGCUGCCUGCCUUAGACAUGGGAGGCACGUCUGACCCCUAUGUUAAAGUGUUUCUGCUGCCUGAUAAAAAGAAGAAAUUUGAGACAAAAGUCCACCGAAAGACCCUUAAUCCUGUCUUCAACGAGCAAUUUACUUUCAAGGUACCGUACUCAGAACUGGGUGGCAAAACCUUGGUGAUGGCUGUAUAUGAUUUCGAUCGUUUCUCCAAGCAUGACAUCAUUGGGGAAUUUAAAGUCCCCAUGAACACAGUGGAUUUCGGUCACAUAACUGAGGAGUGGCGUGACCUGCAAAGUGCGGAGAAGGAAGAGCAAGAGAAACUGGGUGAUAUCUGCUUCUCCCUUCGCUAUGUACCUACUGCUGGCAAGCUGACUGUGGUCAUUCUGGAGGCAAAGAACCUGAAGAAGAUGGAUGUGGGUGGCUUAUCUGAUCCUUAUGUGAAGAUUCACCUGAUGCAGAAUGGCAAAAGGCUGAAGAAGAAAAAGACAACAAUUAAAAAGAACACACUUAACCCCUACUACAAUGAGUCAUUCAGCUUUGAGGUACCCUUUGAACAAAUCCAGAAAGUGCAAGUGGUGGUAACUGUUUUGGACUAUGACAAGAUUGGCAAGAACGAUGCCAUCGGCAAAGUCUUUGUGGGCUACAAUAGCACCGGGGCGGAGCUGCGACACUGGUCAGACAUGCUGGCCAACCCCAGGCGCCCCAUCGCCCAGUGGCACACCCUGCAGGUCGAGGAGGAGGUUGACGCCAUGCUGGCGGUCAAGAAGUAAAGGAAAGAAGCCUUUCUGCAUCUGCCCACAUAGUGCUCUUUAGCCAGUAUCUGUAAAUACCUCAGUAAUAUGGGUCCUUUCAUUUUUCCAGCCAUGCAUUCCUGACAAUUCAGUGGUACUUCAAAUCCUGUUUUAAUUUGCACAAAUUUAAACGUAGAGAGCCCCUAAGCCCUUCGUCAUGCCAACUGCCCUCCAGAUCCACUCUUCUUUUAAGCAAUAUGAUGUGUAGAUAGAGCAUGACUGAAAUUAUUUAUUGUAUCACACCGUUGUAUAUACCAGUAUGCUAAAGAUUUAUUUCUAGUUUGUGUAUUUGUAUGUUGUAAGCGUUUCCUAAUCUGUGUAUAUCUAGAUGUUUUUAAUAAGAUGUUCUAUUUUAAAUUAUGUAAAUCGACUGAGAUAUAGGAGAGCUGAUAAUAUAUUAUAUGGUAAAUAUAGUAUUGUCUGCAUUCCAGCAAAAAUAUCAACUUGUAAGGCACUCGUACAGUGAAACUGACA